AUGGUCAAGACUACUUAUGCGGUUACGCUCUUUGCUGCCGUGAGCAUGGCUGCUCCUAUGGCGCCGAGUAGCAAUGAUUAUACGGGCGUUGAGCCGAUGCGUCGCGAUGGUACUGGCAAUCUUGUCGGUGCUGGUGCUGAUGGGUCUUUGAACCAGCUGGUUGGCCAACUCUAUUCGAACUUGAAGAAGCAGAAUGCUGAUCUAGCGAGGCAAAAGACACCUAAGCAGAGGGCGGAAGUUGCUGAGGCUGCUAAGCAUCAGAAGCCGAGUAUCCUCCAGAGCUUGCCCUUGAUCGGUGGUCUUCUUGGGAACCCGAAGCGCAGCGUUGAGGAGAAGGAGCUGCACGAUCGCUCAUUCACUGGUGAUCUGAGCCACUUCCCCAUCCUGGGUGAAUUGUUUGGUGGUAACCAAGACAAGAACCAGAACACCAACCAGCCCCUCGGCAGUGGAGAUGCCAUGCCUGCCAUGUCCGCUCGUUCAUACGACCAGAACUACGGUCAGAACUACGGCCAGAACGCCGGUCAAAAUGCCGGUCAGAACGCCGGGCAGAAUGAAGGCCAAAACGAAGGCCAGAACUGGAUGCAGAACUAUGGCCAGAACGAGGGCCAGAACGAAGGCCAGAACGAAGGACAAAAUGAUGGUCAAAACGAGGGCCAAAACUGGCUGCAGAACUAUGGUCAGAACUCACGCCGUGACCUGACCAGCGAGCUCAGCAGUCUGCCCCUCAUUGGCAGUCUUCUUGGUGGUCAGCAAAAGAAGGACGCUGCUAAGCGUGACAGCCAAGCCAAGCCCGAGAGCCUGGGACUGCUCUCUUUCGUCAAGCAGCUCACAUCCGGAGGCUCCGAGACUAUCAGCCACCGCCGCCGCGAGGAUGCCGGCCUUACAAACGCCCUCGGUGAGGGUAUCAAAGGCGUCGAUGUCUCCGACCUGACUAACCCCAACAACCUCCUGGGCGAUGACCUGGACAACCUCGAGGCUGAGGCUCUGGCCGCUGCUGGAGCUGCCACGCCUUCCCGCCGUGACUUCUUCGACGUCCUGAAGACCCCCCAGCAACUCUCGGAGGAACAGCAGGCUGAGAAGGCGCAGAAGGCCAAGGAGGGUGACAAGGGUAAGGAUGAGGCGAAGCCUGCGAAGCCUGCGAAGGACGACAAGAAGGCUGUUGAGAGUCCAUUGAAGGAACUUUUCAGUGAGAGUGGGCUUGGUGGGCUUGUUGGUAAUGCGCACCACGGUGUUGGUAUUCUGCCCAUGAAUGGCCGUCGUGAUGUCCCAGUCGAGGCCCGUGGUGAGCCUAUCCAGGGCGCUACCUUGCCAGACGUUCUUCUCAGGGGUGGCGUUUUGGGAAAGGUUGCUAAGUUCCUUUCGCCUGGUGGACUUGCUCCUGCCGGACAGUAG